AUGGCAGGCUCUUCUAGUAGAUCCAUGCGACUGUUUGGUGUAACUGUGACGACGGGACCAGAUCCUGAACCAGCACCGCCGUCACCAGUCCCUCAUCCUUAUUCUCUUUGUUAUCCUCUGAGGCUCCCUCAUCGGCAUGGAUGUUCUCUGCUGGGAUGCUUCAUUCCGGUGGAGAACAACAACGCUUACUGCUGUGAAGCCCAUAUCCUCGACAUCGCUUCUCCCGCCGGCUUCCUUCCUUCUUCCUUAGAUAAUACCAAAAUCUUGGAGUGA